AUGUCCUCCGCCGCAGUCCCUCCUGCGCUCUGCACCCACAAGCCUCCCACCAUUGCACUACCAUCUGCUCUUCCCGGAGAUACUUCACCGUCCAAUCUAUCCCGCGACUCGUCGCCUCAUUCAUCCGCGUGUUCCUCGCCAGACGGUUCCAGAUCGACCAGUCGCCGCCGUCCGUCGGUUGGUUCGAUCAAAGAAGACGUUGACGGCAUUGCUCAGUCCUUCGUGGAUACGCAUAUCGACCAGCCUUCCCCAGAACAGCCGAAACAGACGCCGGUCGAAAUGCAGCAAACCCCCGACUUUUGCUGCCCCUGUGGCGGCUUUCUAGGCUGGAAGCAGAUCAGACUAGGUGGAAAGAGUCUCAGUAGGAGCUACAGCGAUUUGCGGGCUCUCGGUAAUAUGCAUGCCCGCGGCUGGGCCUGGGAAACUUCUCCGCCGCCUGUCAAAAAUCCGCCACCUACUAAGACCUUGCAGGUGGAACAGCCGAAACCGGCCGCUGGCUUGUCUCGUCUUGAGACCCUUCCCUCCGAAGUGCUCGACCAAAUCAUAUCCUGCUUGGCGUUGGACGUACCUCCCAACGGGUACACGCCACGAAACGUGGACCUGAUCUCGUGCCUGUUGGCCUCCCGGACGUUGCACGCAGCCACCCUGGCGGUGUUGUACAGGAACAUGACCUUCCCGCACUCCGUCAUCUUUUCCAAGGCGCUCAACCACAUGUCUCAGUAUCCCGCGUUGGGCACGUUGGUUCGUCGCCUCGACUUCUCCCACUUCACCUCGGUAGGUUUGGGACGCACCAAGCAGAUGAACGCCGAAAUCCAAAACCUUACCUCGAAGACGCUGCUGAAGUGUCUGGACCUGUUGCCGAACCUGAAGGAGUGUUUGUUGCAGGAGCAUGUGGAGGGUGACCUCAGUGUGGAAGUGGUGCAGAAGCUGCUCUUCGGCCUUCCAAACCUCUUCGCCGUCGAUUUCUGUGGCUGCUCAACCCAGUCCUUCUCGGCAGUUUUUCAGGAAGCAUUGAUGACGGGGUCUGGUCUGCCAAUGGCGAUGCCAAACCUGAAAAGGGUCUCGCUGCACGAGUGCAGCAGUCUCCCGGCGUCGGUUUUUGAGGCCCUUUUGCCCCGCUUGGUGAACCUGACGCACCUGGAUGUGACUCACACACAGAUUAGUGAGGCGGCCCUGUUCUCGAUCCCGAAAACGGCGAGAAUCACCCACCUGAGCCUGUCUCGCUGUACUCGUCUGCAGGGAUCGAGGGUGGUACAGUUCUUGACCACUCAUCCGGCUGUGUGCGACUCGCUGGUUUCCUUGAACCUGAUGACCGACCCGACGCGGAACCGACUUCUGGAAGAAGACGAUGUCCAUGCGCUACUUCCCCAGUUACCCUCCACGCUUCGCUCCCUCAACAUUGGAGGCGCGAAGGUCAACUCGGCCCACGCGCAAGCGCUGAUCCCCUUGACCAAGCAUCUGGAAGAGCUCGGACUCGGUUCGGCCGAACUGUCCGCUCAGGACAUCAAUCUUUUCUUUAAACCACCACCCCGGGCUGCCAUGGACGUGGAUGGAUCGGCGGAAGUGAAAGAAGAGGAUUGGGUCCCGCCGACGCUUUGCUAUCUGGACCUCACCAAAGCGCCUCUGUUGUCGCUGGGAACAGUCUUCAACCCCAGUUCGUGCCUGCUGCUUUCGCAGCAAAGCUAUCCGCUGCAGGUCAUCGAGUUCCACGAGAAGCUGAUCGCUCCUUUGCGGGAGAGAACCAAGAAUGCCCGAACGUCCCUCGGCUGGACCGUUCGUGAGCUCGGUCGACGGGGAUGGUACGUCCGUGAUCCGGCUUCGAUGCCCCUUCAAGUACCCGACGACGGCUCUCGCUCCUGGAAGAUGGGUGCCAGAUGGUGGGGAGCAAGAAAGAUCCCCGUUGCCGUCGGGGAGGUCGGCGGCAUCUAUGGGCACUACAUGUUCAAGAAAUGA